UGUCGGUAACCACUUUUGUUGUUUUCUAGUGUUCCACUCUCUCACGUGUUCUCGUAGUGUUUAAUCUGUGGAUUUGCUUAACAGGUUCUAUGGUUUUUUACACUGCGUGGUCAGGUCUCUUGGCGGCGACAUGGAGGCGGCGGGCGAGGAUCUAGUCUCGCAGCUCAGGAGAGUUCUCUACAGGCAUCAGGUAGAGCUCGAGCCAGCUGCUAACAUCGGCUACUCCAGGCGGGAUGCUUUGCAUGAUUCGAGAGAUACUCUGGCCUAUCUGUCCAAGAUGCUGCUGGAAGACGAAGGGGAAGGAGAAGCUGACUCGGCGCAGCAACAAAAGCCUUCCUUUCAAGGUUUGUUCGACGAGCUCUCGGCAAUUGUUUCUCCUAGUGAAAGCAGUGAUGGCUCGACAGAGGGUAGUGAUCAAUCGUCCGGCUUAGAGGUAAAUUUGGGGAGGACUACAGACAUCUACAGUAGUUUGAUGGUGUGUGCGAGAGCUGUAGCUGCAAACAAUGUUGCAGGCUUCUAUGAUCUGGCAAGAGACAUCAGGGAUGCAGUUGCAUUGCAAUCAACUCCUUUGCAGAAGGUAGCUCGUUUUCUCAUUGAUGCGCUUGCGGCCAGAUUAGCAGGGACAGGGCCUCAAGCUUACAGGGCGAUUUCGGCUGGAAUUAGUUCAAGAAUGCUAGUGGCAGAUGCGAGGCUGCCGCUGUUCGCAGUAGCAGUCAACUUUGCCAACAAUGUCAUAUUGCGUGCUUGCGCAGGAGCCAACAAAGUUCAUAUCAUCGACUAUGGGGUUCAUUGCGGUCGCCAGUGGCCUUCCUUGAUCAAGGCUUUUUCAGUACGUCCGGAAGGUCCUCCACAGCUCAAGAUCACAGGCAUCGAUCUUGUCACUGUGCCCGAGGCCUUUGUGGCCGGGCAACGUUUGGCAGCCUUUGCUAGGAGCAACGGGGUACAGCUCGAGUACUGCUCGAUCCAGUCGAAUUCCUGGGAAUCUGUUCAGCCGGUAACUCUUGCCAACGAACUUCUGGUCGUCAACUCCAACAUGAGCCUUAAGCGUAUGAGAGACGAGUGGAUUUCCGUCAACAAUCCUCGCAGGCUUUUGUUCGAGAGUAUCUACAAGAUGAGGCCCAAAGUCUUCGUGAUGUGCGUGUCAAACGCUUCGUUUAGCUCGCCGUUCUUCAUUCCCAAGUUUGACGAGACGCUAAAGCAUUUCACCGCAAAGAUGGAAUGCCUCGACGCAUGGCUGGGCUGGGAUUCGAUUGGUGAUCGCGAUUUAAUAGAGAAGGUGUUCCAGAGGGCAAUCAUGAGCGUUGUGGCUUGCGAUGGCCUGGAGCAACUGGAGAGGCCAGACAAAUACAGGACCUGGGACUCGCGAGCAAAAAGAGCUGGAUUUCAACCGUUUCUAAUAGGUGAGGAGGUGUAUGAGAGGAUGAAAUCACAGUGGGGAGGCUAUGCUUGCAAAAAAAACUUUGGGUGUGGAAAGGAUGAGAACUGGAUGUUGCUUGGGUGGAAGGAUGUAAUCUUGUGUGGAAUGUCUGCUUGGCAGACUAAAGCUCAAAGUCUUAUAAAAUUUUGACUGUGUAAGGCAAAUUUUCACUUGGUGCUAGUAUUUGUAUUGCAUGCUGAUUCUCAAUAAUGAUUUUAUAUUGAUUGAUGUAA